AUGAAGAGCGGGGACGCCGAAGGUCGUCCAGAGACAGGAGGUCACGGUCAAGGUCGUCCAGGGAGAGGAGGUCAAGGUCGCCCAGGGAAAGAAGGUCAAGGUCAUGGAGGAGGUCACCGAGGUCAUGGAGGAGGCCAUGGAGGUCACGGUGGAGGUGGUGGCGGUCAUGGAGGAGGCGGAGGUCAUGGAGGAGGUCACGGAGGACACGGAGGAGGAGGUGGAGGUCACCAUGUUCAUGGAAAAGCAACAUCAUAUCAAAGCUUUGUUCUCCACAGUUAUAAUCCUGUCAAGGUUUAUCUGAAGAAGGGUCACGGAGGUCAUGGAGGAGGCCACGGUGGAGGAGGUCACGGAGGAGGUCAUGGAGGUCACGGAGGUCAUGGAGGAGGCCACGGUGGAGGAGGUCACGGAGGAGGUCAUGGAGGUCACGGUGGAGGAGGUCAUGGAGUUCACGGUGGUCAUGGAGGAGGUGGAGGUCACGGAGGAGGUCACGACAUAAGCUCCAACCUGGAAGGUCACAUAGAAGGACCAGACGGUAACAAAGGCAGCAAUCUCAUCUCAGGCCUUGAGGGAGCUUUCGAAUUAACCGGCAACACUGGACCACAAGAUGUCGGAAAUUUCGGAAAAGGACAGAACAUCAUCAACGGACACGGCGCCUAUUUCGGGCAGUUCAACCUCAAGGGCGGCAGCCAAUCCCAAAAAGGCAUUGAAUCCGGCGGGAAUUUCGUAGGCCUCAAAGCCGGACCACAGAAGGGAAUUGAUGUCAGCAAUAAUUAUGCAGCAAUCAAUGCGCAUGGUCAAAGGUUGCAAGUGCCUGGUCGGCUCAUCCACAGGGAUCACGCCGCUAAUCGCCUCAACUCAUUCCAUGAUAACGGUUAUCAACAUGCCGACUUUUUCAAAGAUAGUCACAUCAAUGGUAUCGACACCUCCGAUAAAGAUCAAUAACAGUAGGUCUUUGUUACUCUAGUAGAUAAUUGAAACUUUAAAAGACUUCCAAUUUGCAUGUUAGGCUAUCAAUAAAAAUGUUAUCCUAUCAUUAAUUUAAGCCUAGCAAUAAAUGUUAUUAUAUCUGUAGACUUCAUCUCAAAACUAGUUGUAUUGGUUUAUUAUAGUAGUUAGUUAUUAUUACUACAGUCACAGCCUCAAAAGUUGAUCCCUGGACCGAUUUACCUCUUCCAGAGCAUCAAGAAGCUGUUAUGAAUAGCAAUUAUCAGCUGAGUUGUUCCAUAGAGAAUAUAUGAUAUUACUUUUGUUUAGUUAAGAAGUUGAUAUUGUGGUAAUUAUUCAUAUUGAAUGAAAAAGACUAAGAGAUUGUCAAAAAACCACAGAUUUAUUGAUACUUAGAAAGACCGCAAUGUGACAAUAAGACAAUGGUGUAAUAACCGAAACCGGUCUUUCUAAGUAUCAAUAAAUCUGUGGUUUUUUGACAAUCUCUUAGUCUUUUUCAUUCUAUAUGAUAUUACGAUAUAUGAGUGUUCCAUGCCGCUCUUCUCUAUGUAUUCCAUAGAGAAAGAUAGCAUAUUAUAAUAUCUUUUCUUCUUUAAAAUGUAUGUAUUCAGGACUACUUAUUUUCUAUUUAUAGAAUAACAUCACAGUACCCUUUUUUGAAAAGUUCUUAGUAUAAAAUAACAGAUUAAAAACACAAAUUAAAACUAGUUUUGAUGUUUCACAUCAUCUUCAAGUUUUAAUAAUAAAUUUCAAAAAAAGAUUUUUUAAUUGUAAUUCAUUUUUAAAACCUGAAUAUGAUGUGAAAUAUCGAAACUAUAGUGUGGUCCACGUUAUAAUGGCAGUAAAUCAAGAUAAAAGAAUAGCGGUGCCGAUUCUCUGCAUUAAUUAAUUAUAUAUUUCUACACUGUCAAAAACAUAAUUGGCAUCGUUGU